UAUGAAAUGGAUGUCAACAGUAACAUUCUACGGUUCGUGCUCUUGAGAGCCGGUCGCGCGUUCUAUCAAGGUCUUCAUAACUCUGUGCUCCGACCGGCAUUGAACAAACGUCAUUUGUAAUUAUUUGUUUACCAAUGUGAAUAGCUCAUCGCACACGAACAUGGAUCUGUACGAUGUGCUCUUACAGUCUGGACUGAUAACCGGUGCGAUAGUGUUCUAUCUGGUAUUUAUUAAGAAACAAACACCGAAUAAAGGGAAUUAUAAAGUAGUUGGUUGGAACUAUUAUCUGCGGCUUCUGUUCGCACGAUAUGCUGUACGCCGUUGGAAGUCACAACUGAAGCCCACCAAGCUCCACGAGGUCCCUUUGCCUGAGCUGUUCACGGGAUGGGACAGUUUCGCGCUGCGGACGUGCGCGCCCGACGGCUCUGCGAUACUCCUGUCUAUACGCAAGCUGUGUGGACCACAGCCACUUGCCGAAAUUGUUGUUCAUGUUCAGUUACCUGAUGGAACUAUUUAUAAGUUACCGCAACACCCAGACACAGCAGUUUGUGCAUGGCAAGGCGUUGAGGAUGGUUGGAGCGCCGAAGGCCUUAAAAUUCAGGUUACUGAAGAGCAGAGCCGGUACCGAUUCUUGUACAAUGGACUUCUGACAAGGGUUGGAGACGGUGUCACACAGCAUGUGAAACUUAACCUCGUAUGGUCUUCAGUUACCAAGCCAAUCCGCUAUCCAGAUGAAUGGAGCAAUGCGCUAGCAGCAGAAGCGUUGGCCCUUGAACCGUGGCGUGAUGACAAAUGGCCGUACAUGUUGAGCAAAAUGGAAGACGGAGGCUGGUUUCAAUGGGGAGCCGCCCAGGGUCGUUUCGAGUCAUUUGAUAAAGAGGGAAUUGUGGACAAGAGUGUAUUUUUAAGAACUCGUGGAAUAAAAGAAAGGAGAUGGGCGCCACGUGGAUAUGAGGGGCUGAGACGAUCAGUCGAUAUCAUGGCGUUGGCAAGAGACGGAACGACUGUGCAAAUCCGUUGCUUGUCGUACAAAAAUGAAUUGACUCAUUGUAUAUCUGGCUGUGUUCGUUUACCGAACUUUACUCACGAGCCAAUCACGUACACUGAUAUCGUGAUGGCUGAUUUCUGCGAAAGAUCGGAUGUGAUACCUGAUGUGUACACCAUUAAUGUUAACACUUCGAAUCGUGAACUCAAAAUAGUACUAAGAAUCAAUACAGAUGGCGGGAAAGUAUUUAGUGGAGUUCCUUAUCAACAGGAAGAAGUAUUUCGCACUAUGCAUGUUAAUAUUAACUGCGAACCGGGUACAGGCAUAUUACAACUUGGAUAUGAACCAUCAGUUGUAUCAGAACCGACUUCUCGCAUUGCACCACCAAGACAGCUGAAGUGGUUGGCGGAGAAGCAAGCUGGUGAGGUUGGAUAUUGUGUGGCAUUUGAAGAUCGUGCCGCUGCUUGUCCUAUGUAUGUUGGAGGAAAAGGUGCUUCUCUGGCUCUAUUGGCUUCGGUACAAAAAGAAAAGGGUUACCGUGUCCCACCUGGAUUCUGUUUGACUACACGAGCCUUGGAAAAACAUUUAAAACUACACCCAGAACUGAAGGCCGCUAUAGAUGAAAUUGAAGCAGCAAAUGAACAUUAUAAUGAAGUUAUAUUUAAGGAAAAAUGCCAAAAAGCUUCAGAUCUCCUCGUUGCUACUGCCAUAAAGGACGAUAUAAGAGAUGAAAUAUUGAAAAGCAUGAAAGAAUUGAGAGAAAAGGUUGUAGAACAGAAUUUAGGGUCAGAAUUGCGUUUUGCAGUUCGUUCGUCAGCCGUUGGAGAAGAUAGCGAGGAGUUGUCUGCUGCUGGCCAAAACGAAACAAUCCUUGGCUGCAUUAGCGACGAUGACAUUUUAAAAGGAGUUCAAAAAUGCUGGGCGUCAAUGUUUGCAUUCACCAGUACUUACUAUCGCAGGCAGAAUGGACAGCCCUGUCUGUGUGGAGGUGGCGUAGUGGUACAAGCUCUAGUGACACCACGAGCGGCAGGUGUGAUGUUCACGCGACACCCAGCUCAUGGAGACCCGUCCAAACUGCUCAUUACCGCUAACUAUGGACUUGGUGAGAGCGUGGUUUCUGGUGCCGUGGAACCAGAUACAAUUAUAGUAAAGCGAACAGGCAAGGAUCUAAGUAUUUUGAAGAAGGAUCUGGGGUCCAAAAUUAAGAGGGUUAGAACAGAGGGCAGUGGAAUCGAAAUGGAGGAUGUGCCAGAUGAUGAGAGAAAUGUCGCUUGCAUUACGGAUGCUGAAGCCUUAAAGUUGGCAAGCAUUGGAGUAUCUCAAGAAGAGUUAUGGGGCGCUGGUAGAGACAUAGAAUGGGCAGUUAAAGAGAACGAGAUAUUCCUCUUACAAGCGCGACCCAUCACCUCCCUGGACCGUUGGACAGAAGAAGAGUUGCUCUAUGAACUGGAUUCCGCGAUUAUGGCUGACGAUGAACUGAUCUCCUUCGGAAAUUGCGGCGAGGUCCUUCCAAAGCCGUUAUCUGCAAUGAAUUACGACAUUGUGUGUAAAGUGUUGGUGGCGGGUAUGGAUGAAAUGGUCGGUGCUAACGAUAGCGGCUAUGACAACACCAUAUACCUUACUCACAACAGAUGCACUAUGUCACUGUACAAUACCUUAUACAGAAGGGUUACUGAAGAAAUUAAUAUGCCAAUUCGCAUGUCCGAAAUGGCAGUACACGGUCAUACCGUAGCAGAUCAGCAGAUAUUGAAGACAGCUUGUCACAGGCGACCUCCAUACAGAACUCAAAGUCUUGAAGGCAUAUUAUUCAUGUUAAAGGUAUUAUUCACCUCAAAACGAGCCCUGAAUGACUCCAUAAAGGCAAGUAAACAAAACUAUGAAAUUAAUAGCGAGGACCCGGAGGAAAUAUUGGCUGCUAUAAUGAAGUCUCACGAUACUAUGCAACGCGUUGCAUACAACCACUGUGUCACCAGCUCUGCUAGUACUAGUAGCCAAAUUUUAGCAAUGUCUGUGUUCAUGGAGGGCAAAUUGGACUUUACUUCUGAAGUCUGCAGUGAAAUAAGCACAAUGUUUAGCUCAGGAGAUGUGCUUUCUGCUGAAGUGCCUACUGCUUUAGCAAAUAUAGUACGUAAGUUGGAGAAGUCAGGGUUAGCUGAUGAAUUUAGAGCUCAGGAUCCAAAGACAGCUCUGCAAUGGUUGAAGAACAACGCUCAUGAUGAUAUUUAUAUUGAUGUUCGAGCAUUUUUGGAAGAACAUGGGUACAGAGCUGUUAUGGAGUUCGAUAUCCUAACAAAGCCUUGGGUGUUAGUCCCCGAAGAAAUGAUGGUUGUUCUCCAAAACUUGCGCGUUCUGAAUGAUGGAGCUGUAAAGGAAACUAAGAGUACUCAGGAGAUAAUAGAUGCUUUGACCAUACCUCAACAGUCAAUCACUAAGAAAAUUCUUCGCUGGGUUCUACCUCUGUGUCACAGUACCGUGCGGCAAAGAGAGGGCACGAAGGCUCACAUGGUGCUAGUUAUACACAAAGUGCGACUCGCUUUCCUGCGACUAGGUCGCUUGUUGGUCAAGAAGUGGUACAUACCGAAUGAGGACCUCGUGUUCUUCUUCCGACUACAUGAGCUACAAAAAUACCUUGCUACUAGAGAUCCAGCUUUAUUGAAAAAAGCUAUGUUACGUCAGCAAUAUCACCCAGGUUGGUGUAAGCUGAAGUUUGAAGAGCUACACGUUGGGUGGGUUAAUAAGUUGGAGCCUAAAGCACCCAAUCUAAUGGCUGGAGAUGUCAAAAUAAAGGCCACGUCAGUCUGUGGAGGUGAAGUUGUGGCCAGGGCUUGUGUCAUCAAGGAUCUUUCAGAGAUUGAUCAACUACGUCGUGGUGACGUUUUAAUAACACACGCAACUGACAUCGGCUGGUCGCCUUACUUCCCGCUGCUGACCGGCAUCGUCACAGAACUUGGCGGACUUAUAUCACAUGGUGCUGUGAUUGCCAGAGAAUAUGGUUUGCCGUGCAUUGUUGGUGCAGCGUAUGCUACAGAUGUAUUUAAAACUGGAGAUUUAGUGAGACUGUCCGGAUCCAAAGGAACAAUAGAAAAAGUCGAAGUAGCUCAAGACAAUCAAGAUGCAAGUGCUGACAGUUAAAGUAUUAUGAUGUAUUGUGUAAAUAUGUGUAGAUAAGGGAAAGG